GUUUAACUGAAUUCGCCUUGCGCCUUGUAUUGAAUGCUCUUAUUCCAAUCCAAUUCCUGUUUCCAGUCACUCAAAAACAAAAUAAAACAUUUUGAUAUCAAAAUUGGUACCUCGUAUCUCUGAGUCUGAGAGUCGUGGAAAUCUUGUGUGUGGAAACUAAAAACAUCAAAUAAACAAAUUCCUAUUCUAGCACAUAGAGUACAAUAAUUUCCUUGGUAAUCCUCGUGUUCUCGUAUCAUAAAUAAACAUUUAAAUACAAAUAGCAGUAGCACAUCCUGCAACAGGGUCAAUGGUCAACACUGGGGUCAACACAAAUAGUUUGAAAAACCCGAAUGACCGGAAUAGAAUGAAUUAAACUCAUUGACCUUGUCAAUAGUGUAUUGGAUAUUGGAAUUCUAAUUGAAAAAAUUAGAAGCCAUAUUUAGUGAGCAUUUGCAAUUUGGAAAAGGUGACACGUAUUUUAGUUGAAAAUUUUGUCCAAGUCAUGGUUCAGAUAGAAGUAUUUACGACUUCCAACAGGAAGAUUGGAGAGCUUACAGUGGAGGACAAUCAAAAAGUAAAAGAUAUUAAAAAGCAAAUUGCUGCAAUUUCUCCUAAACUUCAUGUUGAUAGACAAUCAAUCAGGGCUGAACUCAAGGGCAAAGAUAUUAGAGAUGAUCUCACAAUACCUUCAUUGGGGAUUAGCAAAAAAGUCUAUGUCAAAGAUUUAGGCCCACAAAUUGGCUGGGAUACAGUGUUUAUCCUUGAAUAUGCUGGCCCAUUUCUAUUGUAUGGCUUCGCUUCUUUAAGACCAUGGAUAUUGUAUGGGGACUCUGCUGAAGGAACAUCUUUAUCCACCACUGCAACUGUGGCACUAAUAUGUUGGAGCAUCCAUUAUCUCAAAAGGGUACUUGAGACUUUAUUUAUCCACCGCUUUUCGCACGGCACUAUGCCCCUAAGAAACCUCUUCAAGAAUUGUGGAUACUAUUGGGGAUUUGCAUUGUAUGUUGCUUAUCAUACUAAUCAUCCCUUGUUCACACCUCCGCCAGUUCUUAUGCAACUUCUAGGACUUGCCAUAUUUGUGAUCUGUGAACUGGGCAACUUAAGUAUUCACAUUCUUCUGAGAGAUUUGAGGCCACCAGGUACCAAAGUGAGAAAAAUUCCAGUGCCUAGCAGCAAUCCUCUUACUAAACUUUAUAACUUGGUGUCUUGCCCAAAUUACACAUACGAAUUUGGUGCUUGGUUUGGGUUUACCUUGCUGACUUCCUGUGUCCCAGCUGGACUUUUUGCUCUGGCGGGAUUAUACCAGAUGACAAUUUGGGCUCUUGGAAAACACAGAAACUAUAAGAAAGAGUUCCCAAAUUAUCCUAAAUGCAGGAAAGCUAUUUUGCCAUUCAUCCUUUAAUUUGUUUUAAUUUAAUAAUUUAUUGUAAUAAUUUUGGGGCAUUCAAAAUAUUCCAACGGAAAUUUUAUUGAUAUGCAUUUUGUUUUUUCAUUUAUUUUUAUGGUGUUGUUAAUAAAAAUAUAAAAUAGU